GCAUGCGCACACUGCGCCUGCCGCACUGAACGGCCAGCAGGGCAGCCAGCCAGCACCGGCGGCGCCACCGCAGCAGCAUAUGCCCCCAGGGAUCGUAGGCUACCGACCCGUCGUGCAACAGAUCACCGCUGCGGAGCUGGGAUCAGCAGGGCUGUAGAGAGAGUGACGGCGUCUCCUUCUUCCGGCUAGUCACUUCCGGCUGCUGCUGCUGAGUGACAUCAUAGAGACAAAGAGGAGCUGCUGCUGCUGCUGCUGCUGGGAGUGACAGCUGCAGAGCCCAGCAGCAUCAGUGUCUCCCUGCUGCAUCCAUCCCAGCCAGUGACUGCUGCAGUACCUUUUAUGUAUGGAGGUCACCAUCUACAUCUGAUCUACAGAGACCACCAUACAACAAUGGAGGACAAGAAGCAGCUGGCUGAGAGGAUACUGAGUCUCACCCUGGAGAUGAUCCAUCUUUUGACCGGAGAGGACUGUACUGUUGUGAAGAAGAACAACGCUAUAUUCAACAGCAGCAGCGCCUAUAUGUCGGUGCCUUUACCUCACUCACUGAUACAUGGGAGAGACAAUGAGCAGAAGAUCCUGGAACUUGCCAACAACAUCAUUCAGCUGCUGACUGGAGAGGUUCCUAUAAGGUGUGAGGAUGUCACUGUCUAUUUGUCCAUGGAGGAGUGGGAGUACUUAGAGGGACACAAGGAUCUCUACAGGGACAUCAAGAUGGAGGAUUGCCAGUCAACAUGCAAGGAUGUAACAAUGGCGGAGGUUGAAAAGCCUCUUGGGUCAUCAGUCCAACCGGAGAACAGAGGAAAACCUAAGGAAGUAUGCCCCAUUCACUCAGCGGAAUCUACAGACAGAGAUCAGAACUUACUAAAGGGUGAUAAGUGCUCCCUUAAGGGUUAUCAAAGUGGAAUCCUCGCGGAUAUCGGUGGGAAAAAGACAAAACCGAAAUCAUCUCCAGGAACUAUUACAGAGGAGCCCACCUUGGGUAAAGGGAAAAUUAUCUCUAAUUCCAGCAGUGACGCACUAAGAGAGGGUGCAGAGAGGGAAUACGCGUCUGUUCUGAUAAAGGAGGAGUUUACCUCCCGUGGAGGAAAGACCCUCCCAGGCAGCGGUGAUUUUACCCCCACAGAUAAUAAACCACCAGAAAAUGAACUUUCUGAAAUUAGGGUUAAAGAGGCCUCGUGUAAACCAGGAGAACUUGCAGAUAGCACCAGUAACACACUGAGUGAACCUACGCAGCUGGGGUAUAUAUCCGUUAUUAUCAAGGAAGAAGAUUGCGAGGAAGCAGAUCUCACAGCAGAUACCAAGUGUUACACAUCCACAGGGAGCGCACAGCCGGAACGUAGUCCUUUACAGACUGCUGGUGAAAAGGACGAUCCAGGAGUAAACAAUAUAAAUCAUCCUGCCGACAGAACUUCCUUGGAUGAUGAGCAAUCUAUUGUGUCUAAAGAGCCGACUGUCCCAGAUGUCAGUACGUACAUCACAGGGGAAUGCACAUCUUAUAGCAACGAUGACCUUGUCUCAAGUGAAGAGGGGAAUCUUACAGACUUUGACAUGUACGCUCCAGCAGACUAUGCACACCCUAUUUACCCAGAUCUGGUCACUGAUCCGUCCGUUCAAAGCGACAAACCGUUUGCUUGCUAUGAGUGCGGGAAGUGCUUCAGCAGCCAAGCUAAUUUUUUCACGCACCGCAAGCUUCACUUAAGUGACAAGAUGCUGGUGUGUGACGACUGUGGGAAACCGUUCACUUGCAAAUCACAGCUGGUUAAACAUCAGAGAUCUCACACAGGAGAGAAACCAUUUGUCUGCUUGGAGUGUGGGAAGCGUUUCACUCAGAACUCUAAUCUGGUCACCCAUCAAAGGUUUCACACGGGGGAGAAACCGUUUUCCUGUACCAAGUGUGGGAGAUGUUUUGUGAGCAGCUCACACCUUAACGCGCACCAGAGAUCUCACUCCGGGAUGAAACCGUUCCUGUGCCCGGAAUGUGGGAAGUGUUUCAUGGACAGGUCGAAUCUUGUGAGGCACAGGAGAGUCCACACGGGCGAGAAACCAUUUUCCUGCUCCCAGUGCGGGAAAAGUUUCACAAACCGGUCAGCACUUGUCCGCCACCAAAGAAAUCACACCGGGGGCAAAUCGUUUGCUUGUUCUGAGUGUGACAGGUGUUUCGACAGCGGCACUGACCUUGCUGAGCAUAAAAAGACCCACUCGGGGGGGAAACCAUUUUCUUGUGCAGAGUGUGGUAAAUGUUUCACCGACAGCGCACUGCUUGUAAUACACCAGAAAACCCACACUGAGGAGAAACCGCUGCCGUGUUCACAGUGUGGGAAGUGCUUCACCGUCGUCUCUGAUCUCCUCGAGCACCAGCGAAUUCACACCAGGGAGAAACCCUUCUCCUGCUCUGAAUGUGGGAAACGGUUCAUUUUGAAAAGCUACCUGAAUCGACACUUAAUAAUUCACAAAAGAGAAGAAAUGUUGGGUUCUCAUUAAUGUAAAAACUGAUCGAGAACACCACAGCGAACAUUGCUAAUCUUCAGUAUUCACCAUCUUGUUUACUGGGGAUCAGAAGGGCGGCCAUCUUGCUUCUCUGAGUGCACUUUUUUUAUAUAUUAAAACACAUUUUAAUAUAGUGCACUUUUUUUAUAUAUUAAAACACAUUUUCUUCUAAUAUUAUCUAUGCACUGCACUAAGGAACAGCGAGCAAGUUAUCCUUAUUCAACCUCGUCUUUCUGGGACUUCCCCAAAGCAUGAGGAGCUUCCAGUGAAAGGAGAAUUUAAAUGUCACAUCAAGUUGCAUACAGAGUAGCCAAUCCUUUUUUCACGUGAAUGGGAAAAAAGUGUAAUAUUUCUAUAAUAGUUAAUAGUUAAUGGAAGGAAUGAGCUAAAUGGUGUAAUAAAAAAUGCCUAAUGUGUAAAAAAAUAAUAAUAAUACAUAAACGUGUGUAGUAUAUAGUU